GGCACCGAGUCAUCUGGCAAGACUGCGGGCACCGAGUCACCUGGCGGAACAGCGGGCAUCGAGUCAACUGGCGGAACAGCGGGCACCGAGUCGUCUGGCAAGACUGCGGGCACCGAAUCACCAGGCACGACAGUGAACUCUGACUCAAUUGGCACGACAGCGGGCACCGGGUCACCAGGUAUGACAGCGGACACUGGGUCACCAGGCAUCAGGACAUUUGGCUUGCCAGCGGGCACCGCGUCAUCUGGCAAGGCAGUGGGCACCGGGUCACCAGGCAUUGGAUCGUCUGGUUCGACAGCGGGCAUCGGGUCCCCAGGCAUCAGGUCAUUUAGCUCGCCAGCGGGCACCGCGUCAUCUGGCAAGGCAGUGGGCACCGAGUCACCAGGCACGACAGCGGGCUCUGAGUCAACUGGCAUGACAGCGGGCACCGGGUCAUCAGGUACCGGAUUGUCUGGCUCGACAGCUGGCAUCGGGUCACCAGGC